CGAUCUUCGACUAUGGGAUAAAGAAAGCACAAUGUUGGCCUCAUAUGUAGCCCAGUCAGGAAGGGAUUUGUUUGAAAUCUAUCCUUCUUAUCUCCGACACCAUUGCUUCCGCGUUACUUUCGGCAAGUGGCCACUAGCUAGUCCCCAAGGACAUACCACUUCUACGUCUUGAGGUUACCUUCAUAAGAUAUCGCCUGAACAUCUCUUGAAGACAUAUGCCUUGAUCCGCGGAGAAAGAAGAUUCGUUCGGAACCGGAUGUUCAUUCUUAUUGACUCACAUCGACAACAGCCCCGCCAAACCAAGCUUCAUCACUAAUGAAAAGCCAGUUAGUAAUCGCGCCAUAAGUAGACCCUGAAAGAGCUGCACAGAUAUCAGGAUGAGUGUUUCUGAAAGUUCCUUCGUUCUGUUUGGACCUGAACUUGUGAGCUCGCGCAAAAACCUCAUAGCACAGAAUCAUGCCUUCUCCGCCUCCUCCCGUGGACUCAGGACUGGACGCAAUUGGGAACACUCCAGGCUCGUACAAAGAUCGCAUGGCCAGAUCUAUCAUUGAAGAAGCCGAGCGCCGUGGCACGCUAAAGCCUGGUGUGACAGUCGUCGAAGCUACUGGUGGCAGCACUGGCUCUUCUCUUGCCUUCAUCUGUUCGGUGAAAGGUUACCGGUUUAGAGUGGUUUCAUCUAAUGCCUUUGCAGUUGAGAAGCUGCGAACUAUGAGCGCACUUGGCGCCACCCUUGACAUUGUUCAUAGCGAGACUAGAACCAUCACGGCGGAUCUUAUUCCUUCCAUGGUGCGCCGUGCGCGAGAGAUCGCACAAGAAGAUGGCCAUUACUUUGCUGAUCAGUUCAAUAAUGGUGAUGCCCUGCCUGGUUACGAAACUCUUGGGGAGGAAUUGGCAGCGCAGUUCCCCGGUGAUAUUGAUGCCUUCUGCGGUACGAUUGGAGGUGCCGGCAUGGUUAUGGGAGUAUCACGCGUUUUGAAGUCAAAGUGGCCGGAUACAAGAGUUGUAGUUAUCGAACCGGCCUCUUCUCCUGUCAUUACUGAAGGGCGCACUGGAUCUCAUAGCGUCGAGGAAAUAGGAAUUGGUUUUGUGCCGCCACAUCUGGAUUCUAAGCUUUAUGAUGAAGCACGAGGAAUCUCAGAGGCAGAAGGUCGUGCUAUGUGCAGGCGGCUGGCUCGUGAGGAAGGUUUACUGACGGUGGUUACCGUCGCCGUGGAUACGGGCUUAAAGUUUAUGAACGGAAACCUCCUCGCGGAUGCUUGA